AUGACACUAAACGAUCAUGUGGAGGCAAUUAAGAGAGAGAUGACAACAGUAUCGUCUCAACUGUCAUCGAAUAAGCAGGAGCUGGAAAGAGCACGACAGGAAAUGACACAAUUACAGUUGACACUCCAACAGGUGAACGAUCAAUCGAUACAGACGGAACUUCAGAAAUCACAUGAGACGACGAAGAAAUUGGAGGCAAUUGCGACGAGAUUCCUCGCCACGAUAUCAGAUCAAGCACAACAGAGUCAACUCAUCGCCGAACUUGAGCAGAUUUCACAAAAGGCGGGCGGUGCGAAUCAGAAUCCGAAUCCGAUGGUGAUGACACCGCCGAUGAUGAAUGCGGCGGCGGUUGCCGCAAUGCAACCGCAUCUUAUGAUGAGAAACCCGAUGCUCAAUGCAAUGGCACAAGCGUCGCCACGUGGAGUACCUGGAAAACAGGGAGUACCAAAUGGACAGCAACAGGCCGCCGCGAUGAACGGAAUGAUGCAACAAAUGCAGAUGCAGGCGAUGGCAGCGCAGGCGCAAGCUAUGAUGCACGCGCAAAUGUUUCAGCAGAUGGGCGGGCCGAUGAUGGUGCCAGGAAUGAUGGGGGGAAUGCCGCCUGGAAUGGCUGGAUUGCCGGGAAUGAUGCCGCCGAAUAGUAUGGCGGCGAUGCAACAACAGUAUCAGCAAAUGGCCGCCGCCGCCGCAGCCGCCUCCGUCGCCGUCUCGACACCUUCAAGGAAUCCGUCGACGUCGGGAGCCGCGUCACGGACACGAACACCGCUCACCGCGUCGGCCACAAACUCGCCACGCCCCACCGUCGAACCUGUCAUCAUAAAGGAGGAGGAGCCGACGUCAACGGCGAUGGAAACUGAAGGAGUCACGGUGGCGACGACGACGACGACCGGUGGAUCGACGAUUAAACAGGAGGAGAAUUCGACGAUUUCGGUGGCAUAA